GCACUUUCGGGAAAAACGCUGUCAGUCUGAGCUGUAAAACAAAAUGGAUAAUGUUUGAGAGCGGUGCUUUCGAGUGAAAAAAGUUGAAAUUAUUGUGCAAAAACCGUGUUAUUUCUAGUGAAAAAGUAUUCUAAACUGUUUAGCUGUUUUUGGAAAAUAGGUUUUCACCGAAACUUCCAGCUGAAACGUGCGAAUUGAGAUUUACUGUCUCGCAGGAGAGUGAUGUCUUGGCCAAACAGUUGGCAAGUGCAACCAGGUUAUGCGGGAUACGCUACGGCAGCUGCGCCUCCAUCGGUGGCUCCGGUUGCGUCUGCUGCGGCCGCUGCGCUUCCUGGUGGUUACUCGGCCAUGACUCCGGAACAAUACGCCCAAUGGCAACAAUGGCAACAGUACCAGCAGCAAUACGCCCAAUGGCAUGCCCAAUACGGGGAGCAGUAUGCCCGUCAAAUGGGGAAACCGUUGCCGGCAGUGCCGGCUCCGAUGCCCUUGCAGCAUAUGGGCCUAGCCACCAAUGUUCCUCCGCCGGCAGUGGCCAUGGCACAACCCGUUCCUGCCCCGGUAGUAGUCCCCACCGUUGUUCCUACAGCACCUCCGGCUAUUGCGGCCGUUGUGGGGCCCGUUCCUCCGGUUGCUGCCGUCGCUCCACCUAUACCAACCAUCUCAGCUGCACCGCCGCCGCCUUCGGAACCCCACCCGGAUAGUGUUGCUAGCCAAGCUCCAGCACCGCCACCACCAGCAUCCGAUGAGUCGGAACAGAGCCAGAAGACUACCGAAGAACUUGCAUUCGACGAACAGUUCCGCAAGUGGGAGGAAGAGUUCGACAACUGGAAACGCAAGAAUGCCAACCACCCGGACAGGAAUGCGUACAAUGAAUACGAGAAAAAGUUCAUCGAGUGUCGCAAGAAGCUGCUGGAAAGACGUGAGCAUCUGCGCAACAAGAGGCUAGCGGAAAUUGAAGCAGCAAAGGCGACUGCAGCAGCCAGCGUUACGAGUGUUUCCUCAGCUGGGAAUUAUCAGUAUAGUCAGCCGCCGCCACCGCCACCACCGGAGGAGGAGGAAUCCGGUAUGGAAGUGGGAUUGUUCAAAAAUGCCCUCAGCGGAGGAGCAGCAAGUGGCGGUGGAAUCCCCGGUUUGGAUUUCAUCAAUGAAGAAAAACCAGAGAAUGAGAUUGACGAGGAAGUGAUGGAGGUCAUUAAUCUUGACGAUGAAAAUGAGGACAAGUCAAAUAAGGAACAAAUGAAAGAAGCUAAUACGAAGCCACCGGCCAAUCCAGUAAAUGCUCUAGCUUCACUAUUGAAAGAUCCAAAAGUUAGCGCUUUGCUCAAUGUUAUUUCCGGUAACAACAAUGGCCAAGGUGUAAACUUAGCUAAUCUUGGCAAUCAUGAGUUGCUGCAGCAGAUCCAGAACGCAGCAGGGGCAGUUAUCAAUGCUAACCAAAAUGGCAAUUCUGGUCAAAAUACGCCCAAUCAAAGCACAAUCCGAGCUCCGGAAGUUCACACACCACUUUCGGAGGAUCGGAGUCGAACAUCCUUCCAUGACGACCGCCGCUCAGUGGUUUCAAUCGAUGACCGAAGUCACGACUUUGACGACUUCAACCGAAAUCAACCACCACCACGUAAUAAUAUGGAUUUUAUGCAAGGACCUCCUCCUAAUCGCGUAGGCGGCUUUGGCUUCGACGCAAGGGUCCCUCCUCCACUGCUUGGCAUUGAUUUAAGCAAACCUCCACCGCCAAUUGGAAUGCAUCCCGUGCCAAGACCAUACCGAUCGGAUCAACCCUCGCCAGCACCGAGUAACACUUCAUCAACUUCUCGUCAGCGUCAGUCACGAUGGGCUGGAGGAAAUCGUGACAUCAAACAAGAGCCGGAUCCAGACCAUAGACACGAACCCAACCGGAAUGAUUUCAGUCAGCGUCCUCCUGUUAAAGAAGAACCAUUCAAUGGUUCCGAUUGUCCUCCAUCUGACGAAAAUUGGAAGUACUAUGACGGCCAUCAGGAUGAGCUACAAAUCGAUCCAGAACUUGGUACACCGUGCGCGGUUCCCAAACCAGAAUGGAUGACGGAAGAUGAGUAUGAAGAAAUUUACGAUCGCUACGAACACAUAGAUGUGUUUGAAGAGCGUAAGGCUAAAAUGGAGCUGGCUAUUGAAUUACUCAAACAGAAAAAGGACAAAGAUAAGGAACUGCAAACGAGUACCCCAAUUAAACAACCCUUCAAAUUCGAAGAUAGGAACUUCAGUCCUAACACCAGCGGCGAAAGUCGCUGGCAGGGAGGAAUGCCAAAGCCCUUUAAAGAAGAACCAGGUCAGAAAAGAGCAAAUCCAUUCGCCAGUGAUGACGACUUUUUCCGACCGAAGCAAGUGAUCGACUAUUCCAACGGAAGGCCACAGCCACAGGUGUUCGAUUACGGUCACAGCAGCAGUGGCCCAGUAGCGAAAGAUGUCGAUGAGAGGAACACGGAUUGGAGGAGCGGUAAUCGGGACAGCAGCGGAAGUAAUGUCCCGUUCAGGAAAGACGAAGAUCUACGCUUUGACCAGCGGAACAACGAUUGGCGGAAUGUUGGCAACAGAGGCGACCGAGACGAGAGGCAACCGUUCUUCCGAGGAGGUCGUGGUGGACGUGGAGGAGGCGGAGGCAGAGGACGUUUCUCAAACGAUGACUUCCAGCAGCCACCACCGAAAAGAUUUGACUACAACCAUGCGCCUCCAUCGCUUGGAGAUGGACCUAAUACAGACGUGCCUCGGUUUAUGCUUGAUCGUCCGCCACAUUACACGGACAAUUCCGCAAAUCGUCUAGCUGCCAUGCAUGACAAUCCCCAUCCGGACGAAAGCAAUCCGUGCUACCCGAGUAAGUUCAUCUUGAUGAACGACAAUCGUCCCAAUCGCCCUAGCACAAAACGUGGCAAACGGGCUUCUUCCAUCCGGAAGCAGAAACUGAGAGAACAGCAUGAUCAGGAACACGAUCCAUUCGGCGAUGACAGUCAUGAUAACAGUCAUGGGGAUAUCGACGAAAGACAAAUUAUUCCGCAUGUAUUCGUGGCCAAUAGUGGACCAGUUGUGGAGCGGCCAAGUGACUAUGAGCUCGACAUGAAGAGGGGUUCCGAAGAGAGCGAUGAUCAAACCUCACCGUUCUAUCUGCCUCCGACUCCCAUAGUUUGUAUUGAAGAUUUGCUACUGCCUCCGGGGAGAUUCAAGAGGCCACCAAGAAUUUGCUUCAUUUUGAGGGGUGUUCCAGGCAGUGGCAAAUCGUAUUUAGCGCGUCUGAUCAAGGAUUGUGAGGUAAAGCAUGGAGGACAAGCUCCUCGCGUGUUGAGUAUCGACGAUUACUUCUUGGUCGAAAAAGAAGAACGGGAACCGGAUCCAAAGACGGGACGUCCCGUCUUAGUGACCAAGUCUGAGUACGAGUUCGAUGCCGAGAUGGAAGAGGAGUACAUGAAGAACUUGAUCAAGGCUUUCAAACGCACCAUUACUGAGAGAUUGUACAACUUUGUCAUAGUCGACUGCGUGAACGAGCGGUUGGAGUAUUACAAUGAAUUCCACAAUUUUGGGCGAAGCAAUGGGUUCAAGGUUUACACUUGCACGUUACAAACCGAAAUGGAGAUGUGUAUCGAACAGAACAUUCACCACAGGACGGUGGACGACAUUCGAGCGUACGCCAACCGAUGGGCCCUGUGUCCAAACGAUCACGUACAGAUAAACGCGAGUAUGUUGUUUAACCCGGAGGAAACCGAAGAGCCACAGCCGGAUAUGGACCUGUGCACGGAAGAAGACGACUUACCUUUAGUAGGUGGCGGCCAACCAGCGGCGGAUGAGGAAGAAAAUGACCAGCCUCGGGAUGACAUAGACGAAGAGGAUUCCAAUUUUGACGGGCCAGAGCUCGGAUUUUUCACCAGUAAAUGGGACGCCGACACGAGCGAGCAGAACCUAGCCCGCUUGGAUGGUAUCAGCAAACCGCCACGCCGUCCGCCGACGAUAGAGGACUUCCUGCAGCUGGAGGGGGACGACCUGGACGACGCCAGGCCGGGCGGAUCUUCAUCCGGAAAAAAGCGCGUACGCUGGGCUGACAUCGAGGAACGCAAGGCGCAGAACAAGAUGCGUCAGAUGGGUUUCGUCGUUGGCGUUACCGACUGGUCCCGCAUGAUGGAUCCCACCGGUGGAAGCAGGGCGCUUACCAAGACCAAGUACAUUGAACGAGUACGCCGGCAGUUCUAGAGCAGAGCCGCGGUACGCGCUUUGAUUCGGAAGCAAUCGCGCAAUGAGAAUGGCUUCGCUAGGUGAGUAUGGGCAGUGAUAAAAGAGAGAAGUCAUAAUAGCAUCACUUGUGGGUUUUCUUUUUUGAAGGAUAGAUUUGAACAGCAAUGGAACUAUACCUAGAUAACUUAAAAGAAAACUAUUCCUUUUUGAGUAAGACUAGAGAACAACAUUCACAAUUUUGAUUAAUCUUUUUUUGAGUUUGAAAUUGCCGAUUCUAGGCUAGGGCUAACGUGCAUCCCAUCCCAUCCCGAACUAUGUGUAUAAUAUUCAAAAUUUUAAAACAUAACGUUUAGGGUACCAUCACUCUAAACUCACUAAAGUAUAGAAUUCAAACUACUCGGUAACACAGCAGAAUAAAUUUGAUGGUCAAAAAAGUCAAGAUCUGUUACGACAUACUCCAAGCGUUAUAAAAUAUCCUGAUGAUUGACGCAACAGGGAAAGGCGUUCGAUGUUUUUCUUAGCAAUCGCCGCAUGUAGAAAAAUGAAACAUUUUAUGAUAACUAUAAUACUAGUAUUAUA